UCCGGUUCAUGUGUUUUGUAUGCUGUUUGGCUUUGGGGAUGCCGCUGAGAUGUUCUGAACCCAAGUAAUUUGUCACGGCAUACCGCAUGACGCUAGCAAUAGGGCGUCGGUUUGUGUUGUGAGGUCUGAUCGCCUGCAGACACGCCGUUGUGAAUAUGACUGACUCUUCCAUGUUCGUUAAAGGUGGGGAUAAACAAAAGGAAACGUCUUAAGUACCUCCCACCGGCCGAUAUAUAAGACAAGGACGCCCCAGCUAGCAACUGCCAAAAGCCAUCAAACCUCUUGUCCAUGGGACUACUAGUGACAUAGGGUCGAUUAAGAAACUAUGGGAACCGCGAUGGGGCCGGUUCUGAUGUGGUUGCAGGAUGUGGCAGCUUUCACCCUCCUCAAAGCUCGUCGGACUCUGCUUCAGGCUCUUUUACUGUUGUGUGUAAUAGUUCUGCUUCUCUGGGUGUCCAUUUUUCUGUAUGGAAGCUUCUAUUACUCUUACAUGCCCACUGUCAGCUUCUCCACUCCGGUCCACUAUCAAUACAAGACUGACUGUGAUCCUUCCGAACCGCUUCUCUGUUCAUUCCCGAUUGCCAACGUAUCCCUUCUGAAGAACGGGAGAGACCAGGUAAUGGCUAAUGGCCAACCAUAUAGAGUCUCUUUAGAAUUGGAGAUGCCCGAGUCUCCAGUAAACGAACAGCUGGGGAUGUUCAUGGUCAAGAUGUCCUGCUACGCAAAGGGAGGAGAGACUGUUUCGUCAGUAACACGCUCCACAAUGCUGCACUAUCGCUCUACCGUCCUCCAGAUCCUCAGCACACUUUUUUUCUCCCCUAUUUUGAUGACUGGAAUAACUGAGCAAAAGCAACUCGUAGAUGUUGAGCUCUUCUCAGACUACAGGACAAAUGCAUAUCUCCCCUGCGUUGGAGCUGUCAUUGAGAUCCACUCCAAACGAGUACAGAUUUACUCUGCUCAACUACGUAUCCAUGCUUACUUUACCGGAGUACGUUAUGUCCUAUACAACUUCCCCUUAACUUCUGCAUUCCUCGGCGUAGCCACCAACUUUGCUUUCCUGAGUGUCGUUGUGCUCUGCAGCUACCUGCAGUUUAUCUGGGGCGGCCUUUGGCCUCCAGAGCAAGUAAGAGUUCGGGUGAUGACGGGGAACAAUGCUCGUUUUCAGCGAAGAGGAGAAUCUGCUCGGAUGCGCAUGAGGAAGGUUUCCACAGGGAAGGAGUUCGAAGAACCCACCGUGGUCGGAUCUUUGAAUGAAUCGUCUGAUGUACCAGGAACUGACACGCUACUAGGGACUUCCAGAAUGGACCCCUCAGACAUGCUGGAGGAGUUGCCUGGGAUUGACGAGGAAGACCAAGGCAUUCAAGAUCCUCCUAAUUCUACCGACCCUGAGGUCCUGUUGGAGAUGUCACCCGAUCCGAGUGAAACAGUUCUGCGACAGAGACCUGGAGCUUCAGUGUCCUCUUAGGCAUGGUCUUUGGUGCAUGCAGUUACCCAUAUGCUAACGAUUCCCCAAACUCCCCAUCCUCGUUACACAGAUGGACGGUGAUGGUGAAAGUAUUUGUUUUUUUGUUUGUUCAUAAGCUAUUUUUUUUCUUGUUGUCUAUUUAACAUUUAUCCCCCACCACCAAAACAAGGUUUGUCUAUACAUUCAUUUAAGGCCUCGUUUUGAUGUGUCAUCGAUUUAAUUUCAUGAGAUGUGCUCUACGGGUUCACCAUUGAUUCAAUACUCAUGGUUCUUAUAUUAUUUUCAUGUCUUCACUUUUGACUUCAUCAGAUGACAGUCAUGCUUAGAUUCUGGGGAUUAAGAUUGCAUGCUCGGUAGUUAAUUGUCACACCCUCCUUUCUUGGCACCAACGCAGACUAUUGGAAUGACUGGAUGUACUAUUUGUACUCCCACUAUAAAGCAUGUACCAACUUGCAACUAACCUCUCUGUCAGCACACACUUAAUUGUGGUGCCUCUUCACACACAGUAAACAGAUUAAUGUGAAUAUAAUUAGAAAUGUCAUAUUAUGUCUAUCAUUGAGUCUUUCAUUAGGAUUUGAGGCCUUUCCUAUAAUAGGUAUUUGAGGGAAUACAGCUAUGAGGUAUAUCAUGUGUACUUUUCCCAUACCAUACAAUACCUGUGGUACACUAGGGUAUCCGGUAUUACUGGUAUAUUUCUUGAAAUGUCAAACCUAAACAUGGUGGAUGCUUGAUAAAUGUUUUACCAACUUGAUUUCUUUACUUUGCUGUUACAGGGUUAACUUGGCUAUGGAAGUUUGGUUUCUUACGCACAUAUUUUGUUGUCCUUUGUUUGGAUACAGAUGGAGAAUAUAGGGCAAGGUAUUGUAAUACAAUGUUAAAUAACAAAGUAAAAUAAGUUUGGGAUGUCAGUUUCUGAAGAAUGCAUAAAGAGCUUUUGUUCAUAGAGAAUACGUUUUGUUUAUUGAAGGAUGUGGGGGAAAUGGAAAGGCCAAAGACGUUGUUUGGUAGUAUAUUAACACUGCUAUUGUUUUAAUCUUCGCUGCAAAAUGCGAUUGUCAAUGUGUGCGCAUCUCAUAAAAAUAUAAAUGUUGUUUAUUCUCUGUUCCAUAAUAAAAGCAUAUACUAACAUAAA